AUGAAUGCUUACAGGAUAUUAAUUUUGUUAAUAGCAUUAAUUAAAGACGCACAUACAUUCAGACAAUCAUCAUCAAAUAUAAAGCACAGUUACCAUGGAAGGAACAAGAUUUACCUAGAAAAUGAUCAAAACUUUGAGUCUAAACAAACUUCUACAGCUUUAGUUGAUGAAAUACCUAAUGUUAACAGAAACAUUGUAUCCAUAGUUGGAAGACCUAAUGUAGGAAAAUCCUCAGUAUUCAAUCGCAUAACGAAGCUGUUCCAUUAUGGAAGCAUAGUCAGUGAUGUUCCAGGAACAACCAGAGAUCGGCAAUACUCUAUCGCAGAUUGGAACGGAAAGCAGUUUAGAAUUAUUGACACAGGAGGAUACGACGAUGAACAGAUGUACUCAGAUGAGAUUAGAGAACACAUUGACACGGCAAUUAGGGAGUCUUCGACGAUCAUAUUCGUGGUGGAUGGAAUUGAAGGGCUGACUACGAAGGAUAUUGAGCUAAGAGAUUAUCUGUUUCGGCACAAGAGGAAGAGGGACUUUAAGAUACUCUUGUGCGUAAACAAGUGUGAAUCGUACAGAAGGGGAGACAUGUUGGCCCAGGACUUCUGGAAGCUGGGAUUGGGUCAGCCAUACCCAGUCAGUGCCUUACACGGCAGCGGAUUGGCGGAGCUCCUGGACAAGUUUCUCGCCAGGAGAAAUAGUGGAAGAGUCUCAGAUCGUCGUUUCAUUCAUCGGAAGGUUUGCCUGUUAUUUGCUAUAGUGAUUAGGCCGAACAGCGGUAAAUCGUCGCUGUUGAACAAGUUGGUUGGAAAGAAUCGAUGUAUUGUAUCGCCCGAGGAAGGAACGACACAGGACUCCACAAAAGUUCUAAUAACACAUGACGGAACUAAGAUGAGCCUCAUUGAUACUGCCGGCAUGAAGUUGCUCACAAAGGACCGGAGGAGCUACCUGUCGCAGAAGAGUUCGUUAAAGUCGAUUAGACAGAGUGACCUGUGCCUGCUGGUGAUCGACUCGUCUUGGGGGAUUUCAAAAAACGACGUCAGAAUGGCCGAGGAAAUAAGGCAGGAGAACAAGGCAGCAAUAAUAGUGUGUAACAAGUGGGACCUGGUGACAAAGAACCCAUCAAUAUACUCCAACGUUACUGGGUACAUAAGGGAUAAGAUUAAUUCACUAAGUUAUGCUGAAAUCACAAUGACGUCAGCAAAAUCGGGACAGAGAGUAGAGGGCGUGUUUGACCUGGUCCAGAAAGUGUACAAAAACUAUUGUGCAAAUCUUCCCACUAAUCUCAUAAAUCAAACCAUUAAGGAGGCCAUGUUCAGCAGAAAGUUGCCAGUGACCCAUGGCAAGAGGCUAAACAUCUACUACGCAACCCAGGUGCACUCUAAGCCGCCAGGCUUCGCCCUGUUCUGCAACGACUCUCUGCUGAUGACUGACGAUUACAAGCAGUACUUGGAGGAAUUCAUUCGCAACUCAUUCAACUUGACUGGAACGCCAAUAAUGCUGUAUCCACGGUCCAGGAGACGGAGAGACAUUGUUGACGACCUUCCUGCCGUUAAAACCCCUAGCACCAGCAACAACAUGUUUAUACUAUAG